AUGCCGGGAAUUGAUCAAGAUAUAAUACAACACAAGAUCCCCACAAACCCUAACAUGAAGCCAGUAAAACAAAAGAAGCGUCGGCUUAGGCCAGAAUGGGAAGAAAAGAUAGCUCAAGAGGUGAAAAAGCUCAUUGAGGCUGAUUUCAUUGAAGUAAUUGAGUAUCCUGAGUGGUUAGCCAACAUUGUGCCAGUCCCCAAGAAGGAUGGGCGGGUUCGGAUGUGUGUAGAUUAUAGGGACCUGAAUAAGGCUACUCCUAAGGAUGAUUUCCCAUUGCCUCACAUCGAUGUGCUUAUUGACAGUGCUGCUUGCAUGGCCAUGUACUCUUUCAUGAAUGGUUUUUCGGGAUAUAAUCAGAUCCUCAUGGAUUUGAUAGAUAAAGCAAAGACAGCUUUUAUCACUGAAUGGGGGACUUAUUGUUAUAAGGUCAUGCCUUUUGGGCUAAAAAAUGCUGGCAAGCUGUUAGGGCAUAUGAUCAGUAGAAAAGGGAUUGAGGUUGACCCAUAUAAGGUGAAGGAAAUCCAGGAGAUGCUAGCCCCGAGAACAGAAAAAGAGAUUAGAGGUUUCUUAGGAAAAUUACAGUACAUCAGUAGGUUCAUAGCUAGGCUCACAACUACCUGUGAACCAAUUUUUAAGCUACUAAGAAAGAAUCAACCAGUGGUGUGGAAUGAGCAAUGUCAAGAGGCAUUUGAAAAGAUAAAGCAGUACCUGAGCAAUCCACCAAUUUUGUCACCACCCAUCUUUGAGAUCCCUCUAAUCCUCUACCUAUCAGUGGAAAACAUGGCCCUGGGGGCAAUGUUGGCACAAGAAGUAGAGAAUCUGGAGAGAGCCAUCUAUUACAUAAGUAAGAAACUCCUUGCUUAUGAGGAGAAUUAUUCACUAAUAGAAAAAACUUGUCUGGCUGUAGUAUGGGCAACUAAGAAUUCAAGGCACUACUUUCAAACCCAUCGAGUUAUUGUAGUAUUCCGGAUGGAUCCUUUAAAGUACCUAUUUGAAGUACCGACGCUAGUUGGAAAAUUAGCCAAAUGGUUGGUCCUACUGUCUGAAUUUGAUAUUGUGUAUGAGACUCGAAAAACCAUCAAAGGGCGUGUAGUGGCCGAAUUUCUUUCUGAAAAUCCAGUUAAUGAAGAGGAAGAAGUUGAAACAGCCUUCCCGGAUGAGAGUCUCAAGCUAGUAGAGGUCCAACCAUGGAAAAUGUACUUUGAUGGGGCCAUGAAUAAAAGCGGAGCCGGUAUAGGGGUAGUUUUGGAAGCACCGAAUGGAGAACAAUUGUUAAUGUCAAAAAGGCUAUGUUUCCCAACCACUAAUAAUAUUGCAGAAUAUGAGGCUUGCAUUUGUGGCCUAGAGGCAUUAAUAGCUGUUGGGGCUAAAAAAGUGGAGGUGUUUGGAGAUUCAAUGCUAGUAGUUUCCCAUAUUAAAGGUGAAUGGGAAUUGAAAGAAGAAAAGUUGAGGCCAUACCUGGAGUAUACUAGGAAACUAUUAUUUAGCUUUGAGGAAGUGACAAUGAAGCACAUGCCUAGAGCUCAGAACCAGAUGGCUGAUGCUCUAGCCACGCUGGCAUCCUUAUGGGAGAAGGGUGAUCAGAAGUUGACCCGAUUAUCCUGA